CUCGAUGCAGAGGCCCUGGAGAUGAUUUUUAUGGUGGCCAAGCACUCAAACGCAGCUAUUGCCGAGAUGGAACGGCUGCAGAACCUCUGGGGGGUGUACGAGCGCCUGGGCCUCGAGGACGACAUCGUGGAUCCCUCCAACCAGCUCAUCAAGGAGGGGCCCAUCCAGAAAGUCUCCACCCGCAACAACAGCACGUCGGAGAAGUACCUGUUCCUGUUCAACAACAUGCUGCUCUACUGCGUGCCCAAGGUUAUCCAGGUGGGCGCCGAGUUCCAGGUCCACCUCCGCAUCGACGUGGAUGGCAUGAAGGUGCGGGAGCUGAAGGACUCGCAGUGUCCUCACACCUUCCUGGUGUCGGGAAAGCAGCGGACGCUGGAGCUGCAGGCCAGGUCUGAGGAGGAGAUGAACGCCUGGAUCGAGGCCUUCCAAGAUGCCAUUGCCAGGAAGGAGAAGAGGAGUGAGACCUUUAAGACCGCGGGGCUGGGCCCACCCGGGCCACCUAGCCAGCCCCAGUGCUGCCCUCUCCUGCCCCAGACGGAGGAGCUGGGCCGCCGAGCUCCGCAGUGGGUGCGGGACAACCUGGUGAGCAUGUGCAUGCGCUGCCGGGAGCCCUUCAGCACCAUCGUGCGGCGGAGGCACCACUGCCGGGCCUGCGGAUACGUGGUGUGUGCUCGCUGCUCCAGCUACAGGGCUGAGCUGCAGUACGACGGGAACCGCCCGAGCCGCGUCUGCCUGCACUGCUACAGCCUCCUCACCGGCCACGUCCUGCCCCAGGACAGGGAGGGGAAGCCCAAAGGCAUCCUGGAGGUGAGCUCUGCCACUCCCUGCAGGAGUUUGCUGUGCAGCUCCCUGCAGCUGCUGGACAAGAACGGCAAGGGGGGCACCCGGGGCUGGGUGGUGAUCCCGCAGGACGACCCCCUGGUGCUCUACAUCUACGCAGCCCCCCAGGACGUCCGAGCCCACACCUCCAUCCCGCUGCUGGGCUACCAGGUGAGGGACCUGGGCCAGGGCGACUCGGGGCACCUCUUCCAGCUGGCCCAGUCGGGGCAGGUCCACACCUUCGCCGCC